UUUUAAGUUUCAAACGCCGUUGUUAAUUUUCAACGGCGUUGAGUGUGCAUUAGUCACUGCUGUGCACAAAAGAAUAACAAAAUUUUCUAUAAAAGUAUUAAAAUAUUAAAUAAAUUUUAACUUAAAUUAUAAAUUUUUAAUAAAUAAAACAAUAAUAAACACAAAAAUGCAGGAUCCCAAUGAAGAUACCGAAUGGAAUGAUAUCCUACGUUCCAAGGGCAUUUUGCCUCAAAAACAAAAGGAGGCAGAAAUUACCGAAGAUCAAAUACAGGCCAUGAUUGAUGAGGCUAUUGAAAAGCGCACCGAUUUACAUGAGGGUCGUUCCAAAAAUGUGGAAGAUAUGAAUUUAGAUGAACUCGAUGAAUUAGAAGAUUCUGAAGAUGAAGAGGUAUUGGAACGUUAUCGUCAACAACGUAUAGCCGAAAUGAGAGCUUUUGCUGAAAAGUCUAAAUUUGGCACAGUACGUGAAAUUUCCGGCCAAGACUAUGUAAGUGAGGUUACCAAAGCUGGCGAAGGUAUUUGGGUUGUUCUACACCUAUAUGCCAAUGGUGUACCUUUAUGCGCUCUCAUCCACCAUCAUAUGCAACAGUUAGCGGUGCGUUUUCCUCAAACUAAAUUCCUGCGUUCUAUAGCCACCACUUGUAUACCUAAUUUCCCUGAAAAGAACCUGCCUACCAUUUUCGUUUAUCAUGAGGGUCAAAUGAAGAAGCAAUUCAUUGGCCCCCUGGAGUUGAGAGGUGAAAAAUUGACUUUGGAUGAGCUGGAAUUCAUGUUGGGUCAGGUGGGGGCGGUGCCCACUGAGAUUAAGGAAGAUCCUAAGCCACAAAUUAAAGAUAAAAUGUUUGCUGACUUAGAGAAUGCGGCCGAUGACUUUUUCUCCAACUAGAUAAAUUAAAAAUAGAAAAUUUUUAAUGAAUUUUUUUUUAAUAAAAAAUAAUUUAACUUAAGAAAACACUUUUCUUUAGAAAACUGUCUAAAGAAGGCAACCGUUUUAUACAGUACUCUCUAAAGGAGACUCUUUUUUAAUAGAAGUUUGUUUAAAGAUAA